UUGAUUUGAACGCAAGUCAGUUGGUGUGUGAGUGAACUGCGCAGAACAUCGCUGGAAAACUUUUUCCGAUUUCAAAGGUAAAAUUCCCUUCAACAUUUCGGAAAUCAAGUUAAAAGAGCUGCAGCAGAAGAGGCUUAGCCCAAGGAUGAGUCCGAUCCACGAGAUGUGAGAGGACGAAUGUUGUCAGUCUUCAGCAGCAGUGCCCAGCAGUCCAGUGGCAGUGCCCAGCAGUCCUAGGCCAGCAGCUCAAACCGAGGGAUGGACCGACUCCCUUCCCUUCCUACUUGACAACAUCACAACAAGUAGUACACUUGGGCCAUGGUUUCAGUUUUUAAGUCGUAAGUUAUGGAGGCUGUCAAUUCAAUUACAGCUGGAACCGAGAUGGUCCAGGAAAAAGCUCUGUGCCCCGAGGAUGAUGCUGAGAUGAUAGAAAAGGAAGCCCUCUCUGACGUUAUUGAGGCUGAAGUAAAAACAGAUGAUGGACCCAGUUCAGUUCAUCCUGUGGAAUCUGGUGAUCAGCCGACUCCAAAAAAUGAAGGAAACCCUGAUUCGGAGAUGAACGAGUAUUCUUAUCUUGAUCGAGAAGGUUUCACGUCCGAGCUCUUUAAAGUAAAGCUGACCAACCUAACAAGGCAUGUGAGUUAUUCAAGUCUCAAGAAACAUGUCUCGGCAAUGAAAUUGCAACCAAGAAAGAUCAAGAUCUUCAAUAAUGAUGAUGGUGGUGGUGGAGCGUUUGCCUUGGUAACCUUUGCUGAUGAGAAGAAACGUGAUGAGGCGAUUACGGUGUUAGACGGUCAUGAGUGGAAGGGACGUACGGUGGCUGCAAAGAAGGCCAAACCUAAACCUGACCCUCUGUGGCGAAAGAGGAAAGGUCAAGCACCUGGUGGUGAGGAUGAACCCAUUGCGAAGAAGGAGAGGAAUUCAGAAGAUGAUCUGCCUCCAGACAUCAGGCUCAAAAAUAGUGUUAUCCCACUUUGGAACCUCUCCUACGAGGAUCAACUGAAGGAAAAGACCAAGUCGAUGGAAACAUUUAUAAAGAAACUUGGACGAAAUAUGGACAAACUUAAUAAGAAUCUUUCUAAGUGGGUCGCUCAACAGCGUGCGGCUAAUGGGAGUUUGUGUUGUAAGCUAGAGCAGGUUAAACCAUCUCCAAUUCAAGAUGGCUAUCGGAAUAAAUCUGAGUUCACAAUUGGAAAGUCCGCUGACGGCAAUGAAAGGAUUGUUGGCUUCAGAUAUGGCAAAUAUCGCGCUGGUACAUGCAGUGUAGGAGAGCCUUCACCGUGUCGGAACAUCUCCGAGAAGUCACUCGAGCUUACUCAAGCCUUUCAGAGGUUUGUGCAAUCACAGAAAUGGGAUGUUUACAAUCCGGCGACUUCUGAAGGUCACUGGAGGAUGCUGUUGGUCCGGACAACAUGCGUUGGUGACAUGUUAGCGUGUGCUGAGUUCCAUCCCCAGGGUAUGACACAGGAUGAGCUUGCGACUGUGAAAGAAGACCUGAAGCAGUAUUUCACAACUGGACCUGGAGGAACUGCUGGAGUCACUGGAAUGUUCUUUCAUCUCAGUACUGAAAAAAUAACUGGUGCUGGUGGAAAGUUGAAACGAGAACUCUUAUUUGGAAAACCACACAUACAAGAAAAACUUCUUGAAAUGACAUUCCAGAUCUCACCUGAUGCUUUUUUCCAAGUGAACACCCAAGGAGCUGAGGUCCUCUAUUCAACCAUCAACAGCUGGUGCAAUAUCGAUGCAGGUGCUACUGUUCUUGACGUCUGCUGUGGUACGGGGACUAUCGGUCUCACCAUGGCGAAGCAUGUGAAGAAGGUGAUUGGGAUUGAUAUCUGCCAGGAGGCCAUCAAUGAUGCUAAAGUGAAUGCAGGCCUGAACGGUGUGAAGAAUGUUGAGUACCACUGUGGAAAGGCUGAAGACGUCCUACCGGAGGUGAUUCGGAAUCUCUUCACGAGGGACAUCAUAGCAGUCGUUGAUCCACCUAGAGCUGGGCUCCACCAGCGUGUGAUUCAAUCUAUCAGAAGAUAUGGUGCCAUAGACAGACUUAUUUACGUCUCCUGCAACCCACCAUCUGCCAUGCAAAACUUUGAAGAUCUGAUGCGGCCAGAGUCGAAGAGGAUCAAGGGUAAACCGUUUGUUGCCAUACGUGCCAUACCGGUUGAUCUCUUCCCUCACACGAUGCAUUGCGAGUUGGUCGUCUUAUUCGAACGAUACAGUGACAAGCUUUUAACGUCUUCAGUAGAGACACAACCACUUGUAAAGUCUGACCUCUCACAGCAAACUGCUCAGCCAGACUCGACAGUACAUGCUGCUCAGUUACAGUCGGACAUUACUGAACAGAGUUCCCAGUUAAAAUCGGACUCGACACAACAAGGUUCUCUGACGGCGCAAGCGAGCCAGUCACAGUCCGACUCGGCCGGACGUGAUUGACAGUUGGAGUGAAUGUCUAAAUGGAGAAAGUACAUAACGAACAAUGUCUUUUGUAAUCAUUGUCUGCUUAAGGAAAUGAUACCAAAUAAAGUAGAGGUAUUGACUGCCUCAUCUAACACUCCAAGGGUGAAGCUCAAAUGUAGGCCAAAACUGAGGCCGCAGUCAAAGAGGCAGCUCCAUCGGAAUACCUCCAGUUCGGUAUCAAUUCCUCCUGAAGUCCUACAGUGUUUUAUGUAUGUUAUCUUCAAACACUCAUCAGUAAGAGUUCAAGA